UAUAUUUACUUAAUGGCGAUAAGAUAACGUGAUUUUGGAGAGCUGAUUAGCAAAUCGAUUUGAUCAUUGGAAUAAAACAUUGAAUAAAUCAAAUUUUUAUUUUACGUUUUCUAUUUAUUGAAUGUGAUUGUGAAAUUUAUCCCGUUUGCUUAAAAAUGCCCAAAAUGAAACGUAAACCUAAUAAAAAUCGAACACGCACCGUUUAUCCACAAGAACGUCCGGAUAAAAAACCAAAAUUUGCCAUCAAAGAUGAUUUUCAAACUGCUGAUAAUGGAUUCAUUGAUUCGAAAACAUCGAGAAAAAUUCUUGAACAAGCACAGCUUCAACAAAAUGAACUGGAAGAAGAAUUUGGUCUUCAUGAACCAUCCAAAGUGAUUGGAAACCAAGAUAACAAAAAAUUAGAUUUGUCUGGAAAUUUUUCCGAUCGUGAAGCUGAUGAUGGUGAUCAUGAUGAUUAUGAUUUGUUAGAUGAAGAUGAAGAAUCGGCUCGUGGUGUAUACGAAUCAUUUUAUGAAGAAUUAAAAUUAAACAAAGAAGAUGAACGAGCAUUAGAAAUGUUUAUGGCCAAAGAUAAUCUUAAACGAAAAUCUUUGGCUGAUUAUAUUCGUGAUAAAUUGAAAGAAAAAGAAGAUGAAUUAAGUACGAUGCUUAAUGAUGAACAAGCUGGACAAUCCGGUAUGAAUGGUUCCGAAUUGGAUAGUCGUGUAGUGGAACUGUAUCGUGGUGUUAAAGUAGUUUUACAACGUUAUCGUAAUGGACGAUUACCAAAAGCAUUUAAAAUAAUACCUGCAUUAGCCAAUUGGGAACAGAUAUUAUUUAUUACUGAACCGGAUUGUUGGACAGCUGCGGCUAUGUUUCAGGCUACACGUUUGUUUGCAUCAAAUCUAAAAGAACGUAUGGCACAACGUUUUUUCAAUCUUGUAUUGAUGCCACGUAUACGUGAUGAUAUUGAAGAAUAUAAACGACUAAAUUUUCACCUGUAUCAAUCAUUGAAAAAAGCUUUAUUCAAACCGGGUGCAUUUUUCAAAGGUAUCAUUAUACCAUUAUGUGAAUCAGGUGAUUGUACAUUACGUGAAGCAGUUAUAAUUGGUUCAAUUAUGGCACGUAAUCAUAUACCAUUGCUGCAUUCAUGUGCUGCAAUGUUAAAAAUUGCUGAAAUGGAUUAUAGUGGUGCAAAUUCAAUAUUUUUAAAUAUAUUAAUACAGAAAAAAUAUGCACUUCCUUAUCGAGUGAUCGAUGCAUUAUUUUAUCAUUUUUAUCGAUUUUUAAAUGAUCGUCGUUCAACAUUACCAGUUUUAUGGCAUCAAUGUUUAUUGGCAUUUGUACAAAACUAUAAAAAUGAUCUUUCAAGCGAACAAAAAGAAUCAUUAUUAGAACUAUUACGUAUACAAACUCAUCAUUCAAUAACACCGGAAAUUCGUCGUGAAUUAUUUCGUUCAAAAAAUCGUGAUGGUACUGAUUUUAUAUCAAACGAAUCGAAUGAUAUGAUAAUGAAUUGA